AAGAAGGAUGUGGAUGUAGAUUCCGACCGACGGAGGAGGCGGUGUUGGAUGGCUCCGAGCACGACGAGACAAAGGAGAUGCGAAGGUGAUACGGAGGAGACGACGCCAUCGAGAAGAAGAGGAAUUAGGUUUUGAUGAUUUGGGAAUUUUCCCCUUUUCUAUUUUUUGUAACGUAUAAUAAAUAAUAAACUAAAUUAAUUUGUUACCUUUAGUUAAGUUAAUUUAAGGUUAUAAUAGGCAAUUACGAAAAUAUUAACCUAAUGAGACAAUUAUACUUUGGGAUUAGUCUAAUGGGACAAUGUCCCUAUUUUUUUGCUCUAAAAAAACAAUUUUCCCAAUAUUAUAAGGACUACAAGUAAGCACUAGUUACUAGAGCGAUCAACAAUGUAAAUGAUAGUGGGGAUUUUGCAGUUAAUGUGGCUACCGAAUCAAAAGUAGUUGAGAAGCUCUAAAUGUUAAAAGAGAGUAAGAUACUAUUCAAACUUAAUUACAUAUCCCCACAUUUCCUCGCUGUCUCUCCGCAUAGUUUUAAUUAGAACUAGUAGUCUGUUUUGAAUUUUCUAUGCACGUAAGCUAUAAGUUGUAAUGCGGUAUACAAAUAUUGAAAUGGUAAACUAGGAGAACAUGGAAUUAAAUAUAGGAAGAGUAGACUAAUAUAUAUAAAAAGAGGCACUUGGGUGUCACACAUUAAUUGCUUCGUAGAAAAAAUUGAACAUGAGAGAUUGGGACGUGAGAACAUGCGGAGAAACGCGGUGUAGGAAAGAUGUUGAAGGGCUCUCUCAACCAUAUCUCAUAAAUGCUCUCUCUACUCACUAUAUAGUAUAUAUAGUGUUAGUAGCUAGUCAAGUGAGCUAUAACAAUUGUAUACAUCACUAAACAAGAUAUUAGAAAAUAUAUCAAAGAUAUGGGGAAAGUAUCUCUUUGGUUUUUGAGUUUGAUGUUUGUAGUGGUGGUGAUAGGGGUUGUGGAGUGUAGGAGACUUGAGAAGGAGACGUUAGGUGGCGGUGGUGGUGGAAUUGGCGGCGGUUUUGGUGGCGGCAAAGGUUUUGGAGGAGGAAUUGGUGGCGGGGGAGGUGCCGGUGGAGGUUUUGGUGGUGGUGUAGGAGGAGGCCAUGGCGGCGGUCUAGGAGGUGGCAUUGGUGGAGGCCACGGUGGAGGUGCCGGUGGAGGUUUUGGUGGUGGUAUAGGAGGAGGCCAUGGUGGCGGUCUAGGAGGUGGCCAUGGUGGCGGUCUAGGAGGUGGCAUUGGUGGAAGCCACGGUGGAGGUAUUGGUGGCGGUGCUGGUGGAGGGCUCGGAGGAGGCCACGGUGGAGGUAUUGGUGGUGGUGCCGGUGGAGGUGCUGGUGGUGGUCUAGGAGGCGGUGCUGGUGGAGGUAUUGGUGGUGGUGCCGGUGGAGGUGCUGGUGGUGGUCUAGGAGGUGGUGCAGGAGGCGGUGCUGGUGGAGGGCUCGGUGGAGGCCACGGUGGAGGUAUUGGUGGUGGUGCCGGUGGAGGUUCUGGUGGUGGUCUAGGAGGUGGUGCUGGUGGAGGAAUCGGAGGAGGGCACGGUGGAGGUAUUGGUGGUGGUGCCGGUGGCGGUGCAGGUGGAGGUGGAGGAUUAGGCGGUGGUGCCGGAGGAGGAUUUGGUGGUGGUAUUGGAGGAGGAGCUGGUGGAGGAGCUGGCGGAGGAGCUGGGGGAGGAUUCGGUGGUGGUGCUGGUGGGGGUCACGGUGGAGGUGUUGGUGGAGGAUCAGGCGGAGGAUUUGGUGCUGGUGGUGGUGCCGGCGGAGGAGCUGGUGGAGGAUUCGGUGGUGGUGGUGGUGCCGGUGGAGGGUUUGGCGGUGGAUUUUAAAAUUUUAGUAAUUCAGUAUUCAUACAAAAUCUAUUCUUGGCUUGUACUAAGCUAGGGCUACUAGUUACUUAUGUACCAAGUCAUAUGAGAAGAAUGAUAUUUUUUUCUGAUUUACUUUGUAACGAUAACGAAAUUUUAAAUAUUUGAAACAUCUUCCAGUA